UAUGACUCACAUAUGUGAAAUUUGCAAGAAAAGCUUCCCUCUGAUUAAAGAGUUGAAACAGCACUACAAGCAGACUCACAAACGUGGCUUAUACAAGUGCGAAUAUUGCGACUUCACAUCUAACGACAAGCAUGACUUGAAAAGGCACGUGGAACGAAAGCAUACGGAUAAUUAUGCAUACACGUGCCCGGGCUGUAAUAGAAAGUUCAAAACUCAGGAAUAUCUGGACAAUCACAUAAUAAAUAUUCAUUGUAGAGAGGUAAGCGACAGCUCGAAGUCUUACCGAUGUGACACCUGCGACAUAAGCUUCCCUUCGAUGCAAGAGUCGAAACAUCACUUCAGUGAUAUACACAAGCAAAUCAUGUUUGAAUGCUAUUAUUGCAAGGAAAUAUUCGCCAGAAAAUGUAAUUUGAAAGAUCACAUUGGACGAAUACACAUGGACGAUAUCUAUGCGUGUACUGAGACCGGCUGUGAUAAGAAAUUCAGAGCGCUGCGAGAUCGGGAUAAACAUAUACGAGAUGUUCAUCAUAAGAACCAGGAGGAGAAGAAGGAAAGCGGUAGUCCGCAACCGGGACCGUCCUGGAAGAGUGACACUCCCAUGAGCGGCAAACAUUCCAAAAAGAGCAGCAAAAAGAACGUAAGAGCGCCUUACUCAUGCAAUAUCUGCAAAAAAGGUUUUAAUAAGAAAGAAGAGUUGAAACAUCAUCUCAGUGCCGAUCAUGGACAAGAUAUGCUCUGCUGCGAAACAUGCGGUUUCACAUGUAAAGACCAAAACUCAUUGAACGAACACACAAUACGGAAGCAUACGCAUGAGCACAAAUAUAUGUGUGAUGAGGAAGGCUGCGGCAAGAAAUUCAAAUUGAAGUCGGAUUUGACGAAACACAAAAGGCAGAAUCACUCGAAUAAGCCGUACACGUGCAAAAAAUGUGGUCAUGUAAGUUCUAGUUUGUCAGAGCACCGUGCACACACGUCCAUGCAUUUAAAAAGAAAGGUAGCCUGUCAAAUCUGUGGGAAGAAGAUAUUCAAUAACAACUUAUCUGUACAUUUAAAGACACAUGGUGAGAAGACAUUUGCUUGUUCUACCUGCGGUAAGAAGUUUCAUAGGAGAACACAUUGCAAGGGCACAUGUUAA